GCUGAUGUCUUUACUGCGUUUUUAGUUUUGCGGGACGCACUCUCGAAUCGCGUAAAGCGUGAUCUGUUUUUCUGUAGACUGUAACUUCUAUGAAUGUACGCACGCGAUUUGCUUGUUUAUCUAGGUUAGCCUAACCACGACUCAGGCCGCAUAAACUCAGCUUUUCCACUCGAAGAACACGAAGCGAGUGACCUAGGAUAACGCAUAACGUAUGGAUUUAUGAUCGCUCUUCAGUAGUGCAUUUAGCAGUCUGACUUGAUUAAUUAAAAAAUGAAUCUGGUAGUUAUCUAGGCGCCGUGCGCCACACAACCGAGUAACGCUAGCAUGUUGGCUAGUAAGCAGUUUGGUUCUCCCGCUUACUGUUGGCGCGUAUUUAAAACGGGACCAUGCACGCAUGAAGAAAACUAUGUUGGUAGGGACAUCUGAGAAAAGGUUAAAUCCGUCGAGUUUAGUUCAAUUACGUGGCAAGGUUGCUGUCCAGUCUGAAGCGGCUGUGUAGUGUACUGUGAGGAUGACUCUUCAUUCAAGAAAGCAGGGGACCUUAACUCCAAUCCAUGUGUGGCAGGAUGACAAUGGGUGAAGGGCUGUCUUUGAACCUCAGUGAAGCAUGAAGAUGACAUGAGCUGGACCCUUGUUUGGAUGCCAUUGCUAUAGGGAUCUGCCAACACUUGGGUGAGGCCAUCAAGGUUAACAAGUGCUUGGACAAGGUUGUUGGAUGUCCGAGACUGCUAGUCAGAAGGGACUCCAGCCUCUGCUGCACUGGACAUGAGCAGGAUCGGGGUACUGGAAUCCAAGCUACCACCUAUCGACUGGACCUAAAGACUUCCUGUGUUAACUGAUCAGUGCUCUUGCUAGUUGCUUGUCUCUGGCUCAUGUGUGACUUAAAAAUAAAUAUGCAAUUAAACACGGCUAAAGUACAAGUGUGUGUCUUACUGGGGUGGUGGGUACAUGACCAGAAUCCAGAAUUCUUUCUGAAAGGGUUUAGGUCCGUGCUACGGUUCGAGUUUUCCCAAACCGAUAAUCGUGGACUAGUGGCUAGCGUCGCGUGAAGCGGCCGGACUUCCUAGUUGUGACUAGCGGAUGUGACGUCAGUUAAAUUCCUAGCCAGGGUAAAUAUUGAUUGUGCGUCUUUACGUACUUUAAAGCGCAAAAUGGAUCUAGCGGAGUAGGCUGAAUGGCUACUAUAAAGACGUCUCAUGGGUCAUGCGUGGUUCCAGUAGACGGUCCUCGUGCGUGUCGCUCCUCAUGCUUGUCUUAAUUUUGUCCACGCUUUCGGCCGUCUCGGUUAAGGCUCAUCUCUUCCGCUUUGACCACAUCUCCAAUGUGUCGACAUACUACUUCAACUAUCUCUAUUGCCAUGUGUGGGAAGGGGACUGUCAACCGAACCAGGACGACGCGACCCAGCAAGUGCCUACGGGCGAUAUUUGGUCCUGGUUCCCUCAAGACUACGUUGGCAUGGCGACGGCCUGGUACUGCAGCCUUGGACAAUGCUGUGAAUCAGGCGACUGCAGAAUUACUAACAACGUCACCGGACUGGAGAGAGAUCUACAGCUUAAACUUCAUGGGCAGCACCUGGCUCAGUCUGUGGUUCUGAAAGCUCUUCAAGGCUUUAUUAAUAACCCAGACACCAACAAACCACUGACCCUCUCCUUCCACGGUUGGUCCGGCACGGGUAAAAACUUUGUGGCCAGGAUGGUGGCGGACAACCUUUUCCGGGACGGAAUGAAGAGCGAGUGUGUACGCUUGUUCAUUGCCCCAUUCCACUUCCCCCACACACGACUAGUGGACGUGUACAAAGGCCAGCUGAAAGAGGCCAUCAGGGACAUGGUUCUGCGCUGCCCGCAGACACUGUUUAUCUUUGAUGAAGCAGAGAAGUUGCACCCCGGUCUCAUAGAUGCGAUCAAGCCCUAUCUGGAUCACUAUGAUCAUGUGGAUGGGGUCAGCUACAGGAGGGCCAUAUUCCUGUUCCUCAGUAAUAUAGCUGGCACUGCUAUCAAUGAGGUUGCACUGGACUUCUGGCAUUCGGGACAGAACCGAGAGGAUAUCGGUAUGGAAGAUCUGGAACAUCGACUGCGAGCAGAAUCCAUGGAAGCCGAAGGGGGAUUUGCUCAGAGUGAGCUCAUGUCUGGGCAUCUCAUUGACUUCUUUGUGCCAUUUUUGCCACUGGAGUAUCGUCACGUCAGACUGUGCGCUCGCAACGCAUAUGCUGCUCGUGGUGUGGAGCCAGAUGAGGCCACCCUGGAUGAGGUGGCCAAAGCCAUGCUCUAUGUACCAAAAGAAGAAAAACUCUUCUCUGCUCAGGGUUGCAAAUCUAUCCCUCAGCGGAUCAGUUUCUUUUUACCUUAAUGCAAUAAUGGUCACAACCCCCUGCCUACUUGAAAGCAAAAAUAUAUUAAGAAGGAACCGGGAUCUUCGCCUGCUCUUACUCAGUGAACAUGUCGUAUGACCUUGAUCGCGUCUUGUAAUGACUCUUUCAGAGCAGAAAAUAAAACGUUUACCUGCUUAAUUUUUUGCUCUUCACAUUGCACAUCUUUAAAGUUGUGACGUGUAUGUUGUGUAAGAAGGAAUAAAACAGAUUAAGGUGCAGAUAUUAGUUGGAAUAAUAACAUGAUUGACCAACAUUUAUUAAGAUUGCAGAAAAAUAGAGAGCAGGAUCUAUGCAGUGUCUUGGAAAGGUGUGUUUAUUCUUUUGUUGUAUAUGCAUUAUCAUUGUGACUUAGCUGCGUUAACUUCUAAUUGUAGAACAUUGGGAAACUUCAUGCUAGUGUUUUCAUUGUCAUUAUUGGGUGAAAUAUGUAGGAGUCAAAAGAUAUGUAACUUAAAUGUUGUAGAUGAAAGUAAAUUGGCCUGUUUUGAAAUUUGGCCAAGACACGGUUAGCAUUGUGUUCAAAUCUAAUUUUGUUUGAAUGUUGGUUUCCUACAAUAAUUUUAUUAAUGUUGUAUGUUUGAGAAGUUCUCAUUAAUUUAAUAUGCUUUUUCUAUAUAUGUAAGGUUUUAAACAUUCACUUUACUUUUUAGAUUUUUGUGUCAAUAUUAUUUUCUGUAGGUUUCCAAAUCAGUCAACAAUGAGACUGCUAACCCUUUUGUUAAGAAUUCAGUCCUAACUGUUACACCCAGUGCAGCUCAAUAUAACUCGGUAGAGGCGUUAACUUGAUUAAUUUCUUUGUGACUGACUUUCCUAAUUCUACGAAGAAAGGUACAGAAUUUAAUCUUUCAAUGCUUUAGUCUACAUUCCCCUAUCUGGUGUUAUGUAAACAGGGAGGUGGUAAAUAAAUAUAUAUAUAUAUA